UUAAAACAUACUGGAUUGACAGCUGUGAGAGAAAGACACGUAUUACCUUGUUUUAUUUUAUAUACUUUAUUUUUUUGUGAAAAAGCGACGAUACAUUAAAGCAAAAUAACGAAUCAGUUUAAUUCAAUGAAAUAAAUUAUAAUUUCGUUUACUACAAACAAAGAAAACUAAUUUAUCGGGUCGCCAACUUUGUACGUGGAUUACAAAGUAAUUAUCCAAAGGUCCAAAUGUGUACAUAUGUGUGCAUGGAUGCGUAGAAAGUGACGAAUGUUUGGGUUUUAUUGACAAAGCAUAUAGCAAUAUAUUGGUAAAACAAAGCGAAACGCCAGGACAAAAACCAAUAACUAAUUAGUAGAUUAUGAGAUGCCAACACGACGCCGUCAUUAUCCACAAGAAACUACAAGAUUCUAUGAAGGAUCCUAUGAAGAGAACUCAGCAUUAGUUCCAACUCAAGGUCAACCGCAACAACAACAGUACAAAAAUCCUUUAUUUGGUGGAGCAGUAGCUCCCACAACAAGUGGUAAGGAAACAUACGUCGGCGGUGCAGCGCAAGAGUCAACCAUACUUAUUGGUGACUACACACAACAAACAAACAACGGUCAACAAUUCAAUUCGAAUAAUAACAAUUCAACAGUAGAUCCCGACGAUAAGUAUAGCAAAGCAAGCAGACAGUGGAAUUUCCGCUCGCUAUCCACACGUUUGCAGGCAUCCUCUGGCCAGGCAAUACGCAACUUCAUACAACAACCGUUAAGUGCUGCAGCUGCUGUUGUUACCGGAAAUCAUCCAGCGCAAGAUUAUAGUGGUUACACACAACUGACACAAUACGGAAAUACGCAACAACAACAAGGAGUUGAGGAUUUAGAAGAAGACGAAUCAACAUUUGAAAAGGAAGAAAUAUUCAUAAUGGCUUCACGUGAUAGAACUGGAGAGUUUAAUAAUGCAAUACGUUCAUUGCAGUCACGUAAUAUAACACGCGCUGUGAAUAUACGUGAUCCACGCAAAGCGAAAGAAGUGCAGAGUUAUUCGGAGUUUAUGAUGGUGGCCAAAUAUAUAGGGAAAAAUAUUGCAAGUGCUUAUGCCAAAUUGGAGAAACUGACAUUAUUGGCCAAAAAGAAGAGUCUCUUCGAUGAUCGACCGCAAGAGAUACAAGAGCUAACAUACAUCAUCAAAGGCGAUUUAAAUGCGCUCAAUCAACAAAUUGCACGUCUUCAAGAUAUUUCAAAAGAUCAACGCCGCACAAGCUCUGGCAAACAUCUGCAGUUACAUUCCUCGAACAUGGUAUAUGCAUUACAAUCCAAACUGGCCAGCAUGGGCACAGACUUCAAGCAGAUAUUAGAAGUACGUACAGAAAAUCUCAAACAUCAGAAGGCGCGUCGUGAUCAAUUCGGACAAACACCAAUUGCAGCGAGCACAGUACGCUCGAGUACAGCGAAACAAGGUUCAUUGCUGUUGAGCGAAGAGAAUUCCGCUGUAAGCAUUGAUAUGGUCGCCGGUGACACAACGCCAUUGCUAGGUGCUGUUGGUGGCGGUGGUGCGGGUAUGCAGACGCAACAACAAAUUGCACUUUAUGAUGAUUCCGACAGUUAUGUGCAACAACGUGCCGAGACUAUGCAAAAUAUUGAAUCGACUAUUGUAGAACUUGGUGGCAUAUUUCAACAAUUGGCGCAUAUGGUUAAAGAGCAAGAGGAAACUGUGGAACGUAUUGAUACAAAUAUACAAGAUGCCGAACUUAAUAUCGAAGCAGCACAUGGUGAAAUAUUGAAGUACUUCCAAACGGUUUCCAAGAAUCGUUGGCUGAUGAUUAAAAUAUUCGCAGUACUGAUAUUCUUUUUCAUAUUCUUCGUAGUCUUUUUAACGUAAUGACGUUUCGAGUGUUGUCCAUAUGAAAUAAGUUCGGUUUUCAAACACUUCAUUGUGGUCAUUAGUGUAAUUAAAGUUGUGGCGAAUUCUCAAAACUUGUAUACCUAUAUUCUACUAUACUCAACGUAAUAACGCUUUAAAGGCAACGAAGUUGUGCCUAAUAACAAAGCAUUUACGUGGCGUGUAUGUGUAUUUUUAAUUGGGCAAGGAAUAAAAUGUUUAGUUCGAUGUAUUUAAAAAUUUUUAACAACACGAAAUGUUGACAAUGUGUAUCCUAAUGAUAAACCGAUUUAUGUAAUUAUCAAUUUAUAAAAUAACAUUGAAAAGUUUAAAAUAAAAAUUGUUAUUGGCAAAUAAGUGAA